AAGAACAGCCCAAGUUUCAGCUCUUUUUACCACUUCGGAACCUCUGUCUCCGCAGAUUAUUUGUUCUAGAAAGGAAAAUGGGGGGUUCUGCGAAUGGUGCGACUGACUUGUCGUCGGAGAUGGAAGUUGAUGCUUUCAGAAGACUUUUCCCUCUACGAUUUCACGAGCGUCAUUUGGUCGAGUCCGUGAGGCCUGAUGCCAGGCCACUUGGUAAAGCCAGAGAAACGUCAUUGGCUCUAGGGGCAGUGGGAUCUGCAGAUGGAUCAGCACUAGCAAAGAUAGGCUGCACUACUAUGUUAGCUGCUAUCAAAAUGGAAGUCAUGACACCUGCAACGGAUGCACCGGAUGAAGGCUGCGUAGCCAUAGAUUUCCACAUGCCUGCAAUUUGUUCUCCUAUUGUUAGGCCUGGCAGGCCUGCCGAGGCUGCUCCUGUUGUGUCCAAGCAGUUAUCUGACACUAUCCUAAGUUCUGGGAUGAUUGAUCUAAAAGAAUUGUCAUUGGUCAGUGGCAAAGCUGCUUGGAUGGCAUACCUGGAUAUAUACUGUUUGGAUGCUGAUGGUGCCCUCUUUGAUGCUGCCCUACUUGCUGCAGCUGCUGCCUUCUCCCAUUUGCAAAUCCCGGUGGUGUCAUUGAAUGAUGAUGGAAGAAUUGUGGUUGUUUCCAAGCAAAAUGAGGUAGAGAAGCUAAAAAACAAACCAGUGAACGAGGAAAAGAGGAAGCUCAAAUUGAAGGGCAUUCCAUUUGCAUUAACUUGCAUACUUCACAAGAAUUACAUCCUGGCUGAUCCUACUGCAGAAGAAGAGUCCAUAAUGGAAACACUGAUAACUAUUGUGUUGGAUUCAUCUUGUCAACUGGUAUCUCUUUACAAACCAGGCGGUCCUGCUCUUGCCUACGAGUCCGUGAUCCAGGAUUGUAUUGCAUUGUCCAGACAAAGAGUGAGAGAGCUUCAAACAAUCCUGAAUGAAGCCAUUUCUGAUAUGGAGGUGGAUUAGCUUUACAAAUGAGGUUCUCAAAGCAUCAUAUUUGUUCUUUCUCUUUGGCUUUUGAGUUGGGAAUUCCUUUUCCCAGAGCUAUAAUUACUGAAUCCAUAGCAUUUGUGCUUUAAUGACUUGUAUGACAUGCAAGGAUGCUUGUACAUUGCCAAGGAUUUGGGUUUUUCUAUUAGCUCUGUAAAAGGAUGGCCUUAGAGUCUUGAUUUUUGGAAUGUGAUUUAGGUGCACACUUUUUAUGGGUCAAUUGUGCCUUGCAACAUGUUGGACUUCCA